AUGUCGUACAGCAUCCCGCCCAACGAGCCUGUGGCUGUCGUGGGCAGCAGCUGUAGGUUCGCCGGCGGCGUGUCCAAGCCGAGCGAGCUCUGGGAGCUGCUCAAGAACCCCCAAGAUCUAUCACAAACCAUCCCCCCUUCGCGAUUCUCUGCGACCGGCUUCUUCCACGAAGACGGAGAGUAUCAUGGAACCACCAACUCAACCAAAGCAUACUUUGUUCAAGGUGAUCAUCGGGCUUUCGAUGCUUCAUUCUUCAACAUUGCCCCCAAAGAGGCGGAAGCCAUUGAUCCGCAGCAGCGGAUGCUCUUGGAGACUGUCUACGAGUCUCUCGAGUCUGCCGGCUACACCCUCAAGCAGUUCUCUGGCGAGAAGGUGUCUGUGUUCUCCGGUGUCAUGACCGCCGACUACGACACUCUCUGCCAGCGGGACGACAUCACUUCCUCGCAGUACUUUGCCACUGGUAACGCUCGCUCAACCAUCUCAAACCGUCUCAGUUACUUCUUCAACUUCUGUGGACCGUCAAUGACGAUCGAUACUGCCUGCUCCGCCAGCUUGGUUGCCUUGCACCAGGCGGUACAGAGCCUGCGUAGCGGUGAGAGCAUCAUGGCCUGCGUCACGGGCUCCAAUCUCAUCCUUACUCCCGAGCAAUUCAUCACCGAGUCUAGCCUCCACAUGCUUAGUCCUACUGGUCUUUGUAGGAUGUGGGAUACCGAUGCCAAUGGCUACGCUCGCGGCGAGGGAGUUGCUGCCCUGCUGCUCAAGCCACUGAGCAAGGCUUUGGCCGACGGCGACACCAUCCAAGCAAUCAUCCGCGAGACCGGUGUCAACUCUGACGGUCGGACCCAAGGUAUCACUAUGCCCAACCCCCUUGCCCAAGCCGCACUUAUCCGCGAAACCUAUCAAAAGACGGGUCUCGACCCUACGGAUGCAUCGGAUCGCUGCCAAUACUUUGAGGCUCACGGCACCGGAACUCAAGCCGGCGACCCUCGCGAGGCUCAAGCCAUCGCGGACGCUUUCUUCCCAAGCAAUGUCACGACCCAAGAUCCAACCAUGGUCGCAAAAAGCAAGCUUCUCGUCGGAUCAGUCAAGACAGUCAUUGGACACACCGAGGGAGCAGCCGGGCUUGCUGGCACGCUCAAGGUCAUUCAGGCCAUGCGUAACAAGACGGUGCCGCCAAACAUGCACCUCCGCAAGGUCAACCCCAAGGUCGAGCCUUUCUACAAGCACCUUGAGAUCCCCACAAGCUGCACUGACUGGCCUGCUCCCGCGAGCGGUCAUCCUCUGCGUGCCAGCGUCAACUCUUUUGGCUUUGGAGGCACCAACUCCCAUGCCAUCGUUGAGCUUUACACUUCCGAGAUUCACGACCCAAUUGGUAAACACUUUGCCGAGAAAGGUCUCGCUGUCGCUGGUGCUGCCGCUGGCUCGGAAUCUUCUGUCGUCGAGGAGAACAAGGUAGAUGUCCAGCUCCCCCUUGUGCUGUCUGCAGCUUCCAAGAAGACUUUGUAUCAAGUGGCUUCGGCUUUCAAAGACUUCAUGUCACUUCCAGACAUUCAAGAGAAGCUUUCUAACCGCGAGGAGCUCAACAAACUUUUGCAUCUCCUGCUCACCAAUCGAUCCCCCUUCCCCUAUCGGCUGAGUGUCACUGGCGCCACCUGCCAAGACCUGAUGCAGGCAUUGGAGAAGGCCAUUGAUGGCAUCCCCGCCGGCGGCCCUCAAGAGAUUGGCGCUCUUGCGCUCAAGCAGAUAGCCAAAGGUCCGCUCAAGAUCCUAGGCAUCUUCACCGGCCAGGGAGCACAGUGGGCACAAAUGUCCAAGCACCUCUUGAUCAAUUGCCCCAUCUUUAAGCAGACAAUUCAUCAGCUCGAGGAUGUCCUCCGCGAAUGCCCUACCCCUCCUGACUGGACCAUUUCACAAGAGCUCAGCGCCGAUGCCGAGAACUCCCGCAUCAACAUUGCCGCCAUCUCACAGCCCCUUUGCACUGCAGUCCAAAUUGCCCUGGUCAACGUGCUUCGCGCGAUUGGCAUCAACUUCCACACGGUCGUCGGACACUCGUCUGGAGAGGUCGCUGCGGCUUACGCUGCGGGCCGCAUCACUGCUCCCAACGCCAUCCUCAUUGCCUACUAUCGCGGCCUCUACGCCCACGUGGCUGGAGCUCCGGGCUCGGGCGUCAAGGGCGGAAUGCUGGCUGCCGGUCUCUCAAAGCUGGAAGCCGAGCGCCUCUGUGCCCUCGACAACUGGCGUGGACGACUGUCUGCGGCCGCGAGCAACUCUCACACCAGCGUCACUCUCUCGGGUGACCUGGAUGCUGUCAAGGAGAUGGCUCAAUACCUGACGGAGCAGGGCAAGUUUGCACGCAAGCUAAUCGUCGAUACUGCUUACCACUCGGCUCACAUGCUUGCUCCCGCAGAGAAGUAUGGAGAGUCGCUGAGCACUUUUGAGAUUGAGGCUUCGGAGGGAAACAGCACCAAGUGGAUCUCAUCGGUCUACGGUGACGACCGCAUCCUGGAGUUGGGGGAGCUCAAGUCUACCUACUGGACCGACAACAUGGUCAAGCCUGUGCUCUUCCGCGAGGCGAUUGAGUCUGCAGUGAGUGGCAACAAUCUCUACGAUGUCGCCGUCGAAGUUGGACCGCACCCUGCCCUCAAGGGUCCUGCCACCGAGACCAUCAAGGCCGCCACCGGCUCAACCAUACCAUACUUUGGCGUCCUGGAUAGGAAGAAGAAUGACAUGGUUGCGCUUUCAGACUUUAUCGGUUCAAUGUGGACGUCGUUUGAUCACUCGGCCGUCCGUCUCCCUGUUCUGCCUGCAGCCAAUUCCUUUUCCACCUCCCCACAGCAAUCCUGGUCCGAGAAGCUGCCUCAAUACCCCUGGGAUCAUUCACAGAUCCACUACCGCGAGUCUCGCAUCUCACAGCAGUACCACUUCCGCGCUGAUCCCCCACACGAGCUGCUUGGUGUCCGCACCCGCGACGACACCGAGUUUGAGCUUCGCUGGCGCAACAUCAUCAAGCUGGAGACGGUCCCCUGGAUUGAGCAUCACUGCUUCCAAGGUCAAGCCUUGCUCCCUGCCUCGGCCUACUGCGUGAUGGCUUUGGAUGCUGCCCGGGUUCUUCUAAAGGGCCGAGAUGCUAUGAUGGUUGAGCUGGAGAACCUGGAGUUCCUGAGUGGAAUGACCGUAGAGGCGGGAAACUAUGGCGUUGAAACCCUCUUUACUCUUACCGUGCUCCCUCCCUCAAAAGACCACCAAGAUGAGUCGACAAUCACUGCCAACUUCACCCUCACAUCUGCCUACGCGGACGGAUCAAGCCCCAUGCGCAUGAACUUCCGCGGCAGCAUGACCAUAACCCUUGGCGCCCCUUCCUCGGAUGCGCUUCCCUUCAAGGUUGCCAUCCAGCCAGAGACCACAUCGGUCAGCCCCGAAGGCUUUUAUCAAAUGAUGAAAGACCUUGACCUUGAAUACACGGGUCCAUUCCAGGGCAUCAAGACGAUUGAUCGCCGCUACAACUUUGCCACGACCACUCUAUUGAAGUCGCAUCCUGACGACACCACAAGCCUUGCAGUGAGCCCCGCCACCCUGGACACUUGCUUCCAGGCCUGCUUCUCUGCCUUUGCGUCGCCUGGAGACGGCUCGCUGUGGACGACCUUCUUGCCAACCUUCGUGUCGGCUAUGCGGUUCAACAUGGCCGUCUGCGACUUGAAGGACGGCCAAGACCAGACAAUCAAGGUGGAUGCUUCUCUGACAGAGUUCAAGCCAACGUCCAAGAACGGCGCCGCCACCAUCAACGCCGACAUGGCCAUCUACAAUGACCAGGGCCAGGCUGAAAUCCAGAUCGAGUGCAUGACUGUAGCUUCGUUCGCUGCCACCAAGGCAGAGGACGACUACGAGCUCUACCUCCACACGGUGACGCAGCUGGACCCCGAGGAUGCCAUCGUCGGCCCCCAGGCACCGCUCGACGUCAACUCGCCCGAGUUCCGCAGCCUGGUUGAGAGCUGCGACCGCGUGGCCGCCUUCUUCUGCCAGGACUACAAGUCGUGGCCGCGGGAGACCAAGGACGGCCUCAAGGCCUUUGUCAAGACGUCACCGCACUCUGCGGCCCUCGAGCUGCUCAUGCAGCUUGGUAAGAACUUGCCGCAUGGGGUCCUCCAAGCCAUGGCGGCCCCGGUCGUCCAAGAGUCGCUAGACAUGCUGUCCAUGCAGCGCCAGGUCUCGGCCAUCGUCGGCCAGGUUGCGCACCGCUACCCGCGCAUGAAGGUGCUCGUGGUGACGGAGCCUGGUCUCGGACUGAAGGAGCACGUCCUCGCCGGUCUCAACUCGUCAUUCACCUCCCUCACUGUGGCUGGCAAGGUCGAGCCCAGCUUUGAGCAGCGCGUCCUGCACGCCGCCAACGAUGCCGUUCGCGACCGCAUCUUUACCAAGAGCCUGGACAAUGAGGAUGAGAAGUGGGACAAGCACGAUCUCGUCGUCGUGUCCACCGCCGUCGGUGGCGACUCGGUGGCUCUCCUCAAGAGGAUGCAUGCCCUGAUGAACCCUGGAGCCUACCUCGUGCUUGUGGACAUGUCGCUCAGCCCGCUUAGAGAGCGCCUUCGUCGAUGCUCGGGCCAAACCGUGGAUUCGUCCUCCAACAUCACCCCGCCGGACUACCCUGACGUCCUCGAGGAGUGUGGUUUUGUCAAUGCCUCCAAGAAUGGUGAUCAACAGCACAUCCCCGGCUUCUCCAUCACCGUCCGCCAGACCGAAUCUCCCCUCAAGGAUGUGCUCCGGGCUCCUCUUUCGGGAGGCCCUGGUUCGCCAUCGCUCACUUCCAAGCUUCUGGUGAUUGGCGGCAGCAACAACCGCACAACCUCGCUGAUGAACCACAUCACAACCGGUCUUGAGCCCUUUUGCGAGCGGCUGGUUAGUGCCAAAUCCUUUGAAGAUGCCGACCACGAGGACCUCGCUACUUGCACUGCGGCCAUCGUCCUCGCGGACCUUGACGCGCCCGUCCUGUCCACGAUGACGGCGGCACGCCUGGAGAGCAUCCGCACCCUGAUGCGGCCCGAGACCACGGUGCUGUGGAUCACCUACCACUCGCGAGACUCCAACCCCGAGCACGCGGCCACCUUUGGCUUUGCCCGUACCCUCCUAGCCGAGAUCCCCAACCUGAACCUUCAACUUCUCGACCUGGAGGUGCUCAACGGCGCGGGUCAAAUCAUCAACGAGAACUUUGGCCGGCUCUGCCAGCGCAAGCUCACCACGGGCGAGGGCAGGAAGAUGCUCUGGACCCACGAGCCCGAGAUCCACAUCGAGAAGGGUCGGCGUCUGGUCCCGCGUGUGCUACCCUACCGCCCGGCCAUCGACCGCGUCAACGCGCCGCGUAGGGUGAUCACCUCGACGGUCAACACCACGGAGCAGUGCGUCGAUAUUGUGCCUGUCGCUGCUGCACCUGCCGGCGCGACCCAGCACGAGAUCAAGCUCCACUCGGGCAUCGUGUCGACCGGCCACAUGGCCAAGCCCAACUCCCUGACGCACCCGCCGAUCCAGGUCUUGUACAGCUCGUCGCAGCCAAUCGACGUCGGCACCUACAAGGGCUACCUGUGCUUCGGCCGCGAGCUCUCGCUCAACGGCAAGGGGCGCUCCGUGGUGCUCUUCAGCGACACCAACGCGUCCAUGGUCCAGCCGGCUCCCGGCCAGGUGGUGUUUGACGUGCCCGAGACCACCGUCACCUCUGCGGCCUGCGCCGCCUGGGCUCUCCGGACCCUCGCGGUCAUGGCCUGCAUGGACAAGCCCCAAGGCGGCACCAUCAUCCUGGUCGAGCCGGACAUGUGCCUGUACACCGUCAUAACGCAGCUCUUCACGUCGUCGCAGUACCAGAUCUGCGUCUUCACUUCGGACCGGGCAGCCGCCAUGGCCAACCCGGGCUGGACCUUUGUCCACCGCUACCAGUCGCGCGCACCCAUCGAGCACGUCUUUGCCAGGAUGCCCAAGUUCUCCGUCUACAACUUCCUGGACGAGUCCUCGCCCGUGUCUGCCCUGAUCCGCGGCGCCAUCGCCAGCAGGGGCGACUACUACCCCGGCGGUCAGCUCCUGAAGUACACCAUCACCGAGAUGCGCAACUGCGACCUGGAGGACGUGAUUGAGUUUGCCGACAUGAAGUCCCUACAGAUCCACCCGUCGUGCGACGAGCCCGUCUCGGCGUCCGCCAUCAGCGUCCCCAGCCUGCUCGACAGCACCUCGCCUGCCAAGUCCCCCUUCCAAGUCGUCGACUGGCGCGCCGAGCGCGACGUCUCGUACCUGGCACCCCCCGUCGUCGGCACAAGCAUGCUCAGCCCCGACAAGACGUACCUCUUGGUGGGCAUCACGCGCGACCUGGGCCAGUCGCUGUGCCAGCUGCUCGCCGAGCAGGGCGCCCGCCACAUUGUGCUGUCCAGCCGCAGCCCGCCCGACAAUGCGCAGACGGUCUGGCGCCACGAGCUGCGCGCCCGCACCGGCUGCACCGUGCUCAUGGAGAAGCUCGACGUGACGGACCGCGCCAGCGUGCUCGCGCUCAAGGCCCGGCUGACGUCGACCUGCCCGCCCGUCGGCGGCGUCGUCAACGGCGCCAUGGUGCUCGACGACCGCGUCUUUGCCCAAAUGUCCAUCGAGACGCUGCAGCGCGUCAUGCGGCCCAAGACGGUCGGCUCCAGCAACCUCGACGCCGUCUUUGACUCGCCCGACCUCGACUUCUUCAUCAUGACGUCGUCCUUUGCCGCCAUCGGUGGCCACGCCGGACAGUCCAACUACGCCGCGGCAAACAUGUACAUGAACGGCCUGGCGGCGGAUCGGCGCCGUCGCGGCCUCGCGGCCUCGGUGCUCAACAUUGGCGUCAUCUACGGCCUCGGUUUCCUGCACCGCGAAAAGGACGACCUGUACGCCAGCCUGGAGCGCGAGGGCUACCCGCCCAUCUCGGAGCGCGACGUCCACCACAUGUUCCUCGAGGCCAUGGCCGCCGGCAAGCCCUCUGCCCGAAAGCCCGGAGCGGCCGUCGCGGACCUGACCACGGGGCUGAGCCGGUACAACAUGGAGGACGCCGAGCCGCUGCACUGGCACCGCGACCCGCGCUUCUCGCACUACACGAUCCAGCAGGCCGGCCGGGGCAUUGGCUCGGCCAAGGCCGCCGGCGACCGCCAGAGCAUCAAGGACCAGGUCGAGCUGGCGCAGACGGCCGCCGAGGUCCAGCAGGUCGUGGCGGCCGGCCUCGAGGCCAAGCUCCGCAAGAUGCUGCAGCUGCGCGAGGGCGCUCCCCUCGACAUGCGGCUGGGCCUGUCGGACAUUGGCGUCGACUCGCUCGCCGCCAACGAGAUCCGGUCCUGGGUGUUCAAGAACGUCGGCAAGGACGUCGGCGUCAUGAAGAUUCUCGGUGCUGCCAGCGUCGACAAGCUCUGCGAGGAGAUUGCCGGCUUGGUUGUUGCUGCUAGGAACUGAAAGGACAUGGAGACGAGAAAAAAAUGGAACAAGAAAAACGACAACAAAAAAAUCAAAAGAUGGGAGAAGAAAAAAGUUGAUGAUGAUGAUUGAAGAUGAAAUGCUGUCAUGGGUUUGAUUUUUUUCAUGGAGGGGAAGAGACAAAAAGAUGAUGAUUGACGAUAUGGGACUUUGUGGAUUGGCGUUAACAGGGAAAAUAAUAGGUCGAGUGUCCCAGUGUACAUGUAUUUCUGGCGUCUGGGGCGAAACGGAGGAGGAAUGGAUCGCAUGGAAGGCGCGAAUUUUUUUAGCAUGGAGGAGUCAAGUUCAUUUUCCUUCUUUUUCAUCUUUACCAGUUUUGUUCUUUUCUUUUGUUCACAAGGUCCUUUUUUCACACAUGCAUCUUCACACAACACAAGGAUGGGAAACUCGAAAGGAUUCAUCAAAAGACUCUUCUUCUUCGACCUCGUCUAGUCGAAGAUUAUAAAACAAUAUUUCUAGUUUACCAAACCCAAAAAACACGAGCACGCUUAAUAAAGACCGCUCCACCGCAGCAGGUGUAGCUUGCAAAAAACAAG